AUGCCUGCACCUAUUGUUUCUGACAGUUUCAGUACCUGGGACUACAUGGUUUUUGUUGCUAUCCUGCUGAUCUCGGCCCUGGUGGGAAUCUACCAUGCGGUGGUGGGAAGAGGACAGGAGACGUCCGAAGAUUUUCUCCUGGGAAGACGGCAAAUGAGCACCGUGCCAGUGGCUCUCAGCCUCACUGCCAGCUUCAUGUCUGCAGUGACAGUGCUGGGGGCCCCAUACGAUACGUAUCACUUUGGGGCUGUCAACAGCUACUUUGCCAUUGCUUAUAUGUUAACGGUGAUUCUCAGUGCUGAGGUCUUUCUGCCGGUUUUCUACAGGCUCGGUGUCAGCAGCAGCUAUGAGUACCUGGAGUUGCGGUUCAAUAAAUGGGUCCGUUUAUGUGGGACGAUAUUGUUUAUUAUUCAAACAAUUUUAUACACAGGAAUUGUUAUUUAUGCUCCGGCAUUGGCAUUAAAUCAAGUGACAAAUUUCAAUCUCUGGGGCUCUAUUGUCUCAACUGGAGUAGUCUGCACUUUCUACUGCACCUUGGGAGGUCUCAAAGCAGUUGUGUGGACAGAUGUGUUUCAGAUUGUAAUCAUGGUGAUUGGGCUUGGGGCAGUCCUUGUUCAAGCAAUGCUACUGAAUGGGGGCAUCACUAAUGUACUGAAUACUGCUUAUAAUGGGGGAAGACUCAACUUCUGGAAUUUUAGCCCCAACCCAUCCUACAGACAUACCUUUUGGACGAUUGUAAUAGGAGGCACUUUCACAUGGACAGGAGUCUACGGAGUGAACCAGGCCCAGGUUCAGAGAUACAUCUCCUGCAAGACAGGAACUCAAGCCAAAGCAGCCCUUUACAUGAACCUCAUUGGACUGUGGAUCAUCCUUGUGUUUACAGUACUUGCAGGACUGGCCAUGUACGCUCUCUAUCAUGAUUGUGAUCCAUGGACUUCUGGGAAGGUUAAAGCACCAGAUCAGUUGUUCCCUUACAUGAUGCUGGACAUUCUGGGAGGUUACCCGGGGCUGCCAGGUCUCUUUGUGGCAUGUGCGUAUAGCGGGACAUUAAGCACAGUGUCAUCCAACAUUAACGCACUUGCUGCCGUAACAGUGGAAGACCUCAUCAAGCCUCAUUUCACAACCAUUUCUGAGAAAGAGCUGUCUUGGACUUCCAGAGCUCUGAGCCUGUUGUUCGGUGCUGUAUGUAUUGGAAUGGCUGGUUUAGCGUCACUGAUGGGAAGCCUUUUACAGGCAGCCCUCAGUGUUUUUGGAGUAGUUGGAGGACCCGUCUUGGGAUUGUUCACUUUAGGCAUUUUGUUUCCCUGGGCCAAUUGCACUGGUGGAAUCGUGGGACUCAUCACUGGGUUUGUAUUUGCACUGUGGAUUGGAAUUGGAUCUCAGAUGCACCCACCGUCCCUUGAAGUGACAAAGUCUCUAAAUCUCAGUAUUGCCGCGUGUAACAUCAGUCAGUUGAGUAAUGAAACAUCCCAGACAACCGAGACCCUCUUCACAACAGUAACUGAAAUGUUCAGGAACAACAGAUCUGAAACACUGGAGUCCUGGUAUUCUUUAUCCUACUUAUACUUGAGCACCUUUGCAACUUUAAUUGUUAUAAUUGUUGGUCUAAUCGUCAGCUUACUAACAGCUGUGUCCAUCAUACCUUCUCAUGCACAAAUCUCUAUGUCAGACUUGCAUCUCAUUGGCCCAAAUUUUGCAUACGUAACAUUGCAAAUCACAACUGAACAGGACAGAAUUGAGUUUGUGGAUUGCCAACCAUACGGUGACAGUGUUACUGGAAACACCAAUCUUGCCUUCAGUCACAUGGAGCUGGACAGAACAGAGGAAAAGCAAGCCUAA